UUGAAACGAACGGUCUGAGAACAUUGAAACAUUGAAUAUCAAAAAAUAGCAGAAAACGUGAAAAUCGAGAUAGGCAAAUAUUCACCACCCCGCCGCGUCCGCAAAAAAUCGCAAUUUCUCAAAUGAAAAACGAAAACUUAAAUAAAACAAAAUUAUUCCUUUAAGGAAGAACCGAACCAAAGAAAUACAAAUCCAGGACUUUCAAGAGUGACAAAAUAGAACAAAGACUAAAAGUCGGUUUACAGAUUACAUAGGAGCAUAUACGAAUAUAUAUACAUAUAGCUUGUAUAUAGCUUGAUUUCGGAACUCGAUUUGUCUUUAUCCUUGGCGGCUUCGUCCUUUGUUGUUACUGUAUUAUUAUAAUUUCCUACAGGAUGUUGUCGCUGUCGUCGCCGCCGUGGAUGCUGCUCCUUGUCCUCUUUUUCUUCGCAAAUGGUUCGGCAAUGGUGGUUUCCCUGGCGGAAAACGUGACACUGAAUGUGACGUUACCUUCCUCCUCGCCAAUUUCCGUGAGUUUCAGUACGGUGGCGCCCGUUUCCAUCGAACUGGAGAAUCAAACAGCCAACAGCAGCAGCAAUAUAAAUACAAACAACGAAUCCAGCGACGAGCAAACGAGCAACACAAGCAGCAACAUCAGUUUGCCCAGCAGCAACACUAACAACAAGAGCAGCAACACUAGCAACUUGAAUAGCAAUAUCAGUUUGAAUUCCACUCUGAGUACAACGACAGCUGGCAUUUCCGGGCAGCAGGAUCUGCAGGAGUCCCUGAUCCUGGCCACGCCCACUGCUCUCAAUGGCAGCAGUACGCCACCCGAGCACCAGACAAUUGGCCAGGCUCCACCCACAAAAGGGGAACAGGAGGCCAUCCUGCGAGCUUUAGAUUGGCUGAAGGAGAAGCGAGCCUCCGACUAUGGCUGGGGCAAUGACACCCAUGUGGUUAUCCUGGCCAAGGAGCUGUCAGGUGGUCGGGAUCCCAACGACAGUGUGGAUGGUCAUGUUCAGGUCAUCCAGGAACUGGAGGACACGCUGUCCGUCAAGGAGAUGGAGAUUGAGAUACUGGCGAUGCUGGAUCGCCAUCAUACGCUACCCAAGCCUCUGGAUCUGGAUAAGCUGGCUAGAUAUGUCCUGGCCCUGGGUUCGCUUUGCAAGGAUCCAAAGCACUUUCAUGGCCACGAUCUGGUGGCCACGUUGCAGCACCACGAGCCGGCCCAGGAUAUUGAAUUCGCCCUCACGACUCUCUCGGCAUGCAGUUCUGCGGCUCACGUGAGGAAACGCCAGAUACGGCGGCUCCUGGACAUUGCCAGUGGGGUAACGGACCAGAGUGUGGACGCCAUUGCCAUGGUGAUCCUGGCCCUGAGAUGCAUCGUCACCGAUCAUCGCCACCGGCACUUGCAGCACUUUGUCCGACGCCCGGCGAGGGGAUUGGCCAGCCUGCAGGAUCAGCGGGGCAGCUUCGGAUCGCUGAGGAGCACCGCGCUGGCCAUGCAAGCCCUGCAGGAUCUGGAGUACGAUCCCGCCGGCCAUUGGAAUCGCACGGCCGCCUCGCGCUACAUCCUCAGUCGCCAGCGGGCGGACGGUGGCUGGAGUGAGGAGCCACUGCAGGAUGGCCAGGAACCCGAUAUCGGAGUUGGACUCACGGCGGACAUUAUCCUGGCCCUGGGCUGGAAAGGAUUGGGAGCGGUGCGAGCACUGCAGUGCGACCAUGUGAUACGCGAGAGCAGCGAUCCCACGGAGAAUGGCGAACCCAAGUUAGCGGUGCCCUUCGGGUUGAGUUCCUCCGCCGAAGAGUCGGACGCCAAGAACAUCUCCUAUACGUACACCCUCUGGGUGGGCUCCAAUGUGACCGAGGCCUUCUCCCUGUCACUGGUCUCGCCCAAGAACACUAGCUUCUUCAAGGCCAUGACCCAGGCGGCCGAAAUGGAUCCAAGAUUUAUAUUCGAGGCCAGGGAAUGGCCCAAUGGCCACUAUGUGCACACCCUGUACGGCAAGAAGGAAGAGCCCCGAGGGUAUCACUACUGGUUACUCUAUCGAUUGCCGGAGCUGCCCGAUCCCAAUAAUACGCCCGGGAAUCAGCUUAUUGCGCCUGUUGGUGUGGACGAGCUAAUGGUCGAGGAUGGCGAGCACUAUCUUUACUGGUACAAGAAGCUCUAAGCACGCGGCCUUAGACGGAGCUGCAGUUUAACCCACUAAGCAAAGUCGAUAAACACCCGGUGCUAUUGGACUAUAUCUAUCUAUAUAUAUAUAUGGCCAUAGUCACGUCUCACACACACUCAACACACACGCAACAAGCAAAAGGGCAGGACCACUCGCACAGGAAUAGCUGUACGAUUGCUACAGGUAUUCCUGAGUGGGUGAAUUGCUCUCUCUAUGGUAUAUAUACUGCAUAUAUAACAGCAUAAUAAUGGCGUAAUCAAAAAAGAAAAGAAAAACCCAAAAAAAAAAAAAAAAAAGAUAAGUCACAUACAAAAACAACAAGCAGAAAAUCACGCGAGAUUGAAAGAUCGGUGAUAAGGAGGUAAAUGUGAAAGCCCAGAUUUCUAACGGAUAACUAGGAUAUAACACCUAAAUAGUUAAAUGCUCUAGACCUCACAACUGAUCUCGAUUCGGAGCACCUCAGGCUAAUACUUACGCAUUACGAUAACGAUAACUAAACGAAAAAAAGAAACCGCAGACAAAGGGAAAGGGAAGUGAGGGUGGUGAAAUGAAAUCGAAAUCGUAACGACUUAAAUGCACUAACAGCAGGCAUCGAACGGUUAGCCGUUGACUAACGGUAGCAAUCCGUCCGUUUUAGGCCCUCUGAAAUGCUUCGCAGCAAUCGAAGCUAAUCGAUUGUCAUUAUCGAUUGGCGGAGGCGUAAUCGGGCGAAUAGUUUGUCCGAUAAGCGAUUACUAUUUCGUUGCUCGUUUAAGACACCCAAAACAAAACUAAAACGUAAAAAAAAAACAAAGGAAACCGAAGAAACAAAUGCUUUAUAUGUUAUUCAAGUAAGAGACUAGGGAGGAGAAGAUCUAAGGAUCUGAAGGUAGAUAAAACGGAAAAGACGGAAGAAGGCCAUCGAGCUAGUCCAAGCGAAGCAUGUUAUACCAAACACCGUACGUAACAAUAAGUGAUUGAAAAUCAUCCUUAGACAUACACACAUACUGCAUAAAUCGAUAUAUACAUCUUGCAUAUACAUUUAAAGAAAAAACCAAAAAAAGAAAAGAAAAAAAACUAGUUUUAUAUGAAGUUAAGCGAACAGAAGGCCGUGGCAUAAUUAUAUAACGAGAGUAUACAGGAUAGCGAACGGAGGAGAGAAUGAUACUACCCCAAACAUAUACAAACGCUCUAUAUGCCUAUCAACAACUAUUCACUCCCCAUUAUUACGUACAUAUAUCCAUAUUACACAUAUACACCAUGCUAUCUAUCCCCCGAAAAGCCUACUCAUUAUAUAGAACACCACUCCCCGCCCCCCUUAAAAAAAAAUCGUAUUACUCAUCGCUCCUCAACCACAUUUCUUCACUUAUCACUCGGAACUUUCAAGCCGUUCGUUCACCUUAAAGCCUAGCCUAACCGAAAACUACAACUACUAAAACUAUACUUGAGAACUUUAAGUGCAGCAGCAGAUCCAAAACUAAACUAAACAUUACUAACCUAGCGAUCUAACUAACUCGUUUAUAUUAUAAGCAUGAAAUUGAGCUUUUUAAUUGUGCAGAAACCCAAA